UUUAGGGCAGUCGUGAGGUUGCAGAGAAGUACCCUGAGAUAAAGUAUGAGGAAGUUGUCAUUGACAAUUGCUGCAUGAUGUGAUGCCAAACCUUUAUUGUAACAUUAUUAGUGACCUUUGUGCUGGCUUGGUUAGGGGUUUGGGUUUGACAGCAAGCUGCAAGAUUGGUGAGGGAGGUAUUGCACUAGCUGAGGCUGUACAUGGUUCAGCACCUGAUAUUGCUGGAAAGAAUUCGGCAAAUCCAACUGCUUUACUGCUGAGUGGUGUUUCAAUAUUGUGCCAUUUAAAUCUCCAUGACAAAGUGGACCAAAUUCAAAAUGCCAUCCUCGACACAAUUGCGGAAGGGAAGUACCGAACUGCUGAUCUUGGAGGCAAAGCAAAGACAACCGAGUUCACCAAUGCAAUUAUUGAUCAUCUCUAAAUUAUGCUCGAGUGGGCAAGGAAUUGCUGCUAGUUUUGUUUUCUGUUAAUUUCCUAUUUAUUUUUCCCUGGCUUUUUUUUUUGAGGAGUAGGAUUACCUCAGCAGUCAGCAUAAUGGGAAAACUCAUCUAAUGGUGUGACCUUACAACCACAAGGCAUGGGCAAGCCUUACAAUAUUCACUGCCCAUGCAGUGUUAUGGCCUUGAGAGGGUCGGAGUCUUUUACACUUCUAAAAUGCUUUUGAUUGAUAACCGUCUUUAUUCUAUUUUACAAUUCUUUGUCAAUAAUACAGUUAAAUAAAUGAAGUACCAUACGCAUGUUUCAUUCA